UCUUGUGAAGUCUCUCUCAACUCCAGAGAUGAAUCUGUGAUGCUAGCCCUUGCAUAUCUUUGGUUGGCUACACCAUACCCUUUUACUUGAAGAAACAAAGAACAACCCACAAGAGAAAAAAAGGUACUUCACUAUUUUGUUCUUCUGAUCAGAAGAAACCCUAGAUCACAAACAGUGAAAAUGGCUUCAUCAAGCUCCUACACUUCCCCUUGUGCUGCCUGCAAAUUUUUGAGGAGGAAAUGCAUACCAGGCUGCAUCUUUGCACCUCAUUUUCCACCAGAGGAUCCACAGAAAUUCGCCAACAUCCACAAAAUCUUCGGCGCAAGCAACAUAAGUAAGCUCCUCAAUGAAAUCCUUCCUCACCAAAGAGAUGAUGCAGUGAGUUCCCUCGCCUACGAAGCCGAAGCACGAGUGCGAGAUCCAGUGUACGGUUGUGUUGGUGCUAUCUCCUUCCUCCAAAGACAGGUUGAGAAGCUCCAGAAAGAUCUAGAAGUCGCCAAUGCCAAUUUGAUUCACUGCGUCUGCAACGAACCGGCAUUGCCUAGAAGAAUGGGUAAUGAAGGAUAUCAAACUUCUUUUCCAUUUCCUUAUUCUCUUCCAUGGAACGAUCACAAUAGCCCUUCUGGAGGAAAUGUUUGAAUUUUGAGAGGACUGUCACUCACUAUCCAUCUAGGGUUUGGAUCUGUCAACCUAUAUAUGGUAUGUUAUUGUAUUAUAUAUGUGGUUAUGGGUUUACUCGCUCGCUAGCUAGGCUCACAUGGAGUCUUCUAGCUAGACCACUGAGUCCUAUAAUUC